AAGAUUUUUGCAUUUUCCUUUCCAGGGUAAAAGUUCAUAAACAACUGUAGCUAUCACGUAUUUCUUCUACCAAUGCUUUUGUUUGCCGAGUCUGAAAAAAAAAAAAAGUUUUCUUGAGAAACCCUGAGCAUAUAUUUCUAAAGAAAAAUGUUUAAAGCAAUAAAUAGACCUGGUCCAGCUUGUUUAAUGGCAUUCACGGGUCGUAAAACUAUCAUUUCAACACUAACCAGACAAACGAAAACAUCUGCUGCUGGGACUGCGAAUUUGAGGUCACACUCGCAUCAAUCUCAAUCGUUGAAAACUUGCCUGGGAUUUGUGAGUUUGGGUCGACUUUCCACUAAUUUGGUGCAUCUUCCACAAAAUGUUAGCAGAAGACUGUACAGUCCUAUCGUUGAAGGUCAGUAUUAUUGGUGCGGCUAUUCGGACCCGGGAGUUUGAGUUAGAGGUUGGGUAGGCUGGGUUUAUUUUAAAAAUAUAAAAAAAAACAUUAUAUUAUAUUAUUAUUGUAGUUGUAGGGUUUGUAAGAAAAAAUACAGUAUCAAAUGAAAAAUAACCGAAUGGACUAUACUGUAUAUUUGUAAACUUACAUCUUCAGUGUUCAGUUUAAUUAACAUAAACUACCACAAAUGACAUCCGAAUAGCAUUAAAUUUAAGUCUAAGUCCUAAGUCUAAAGGGACCGGGGUACACUUAGCAGCUAAUGGGACCCGGGUCCCUCUAGACUUAGACUAGGCGAAAUGCUAUAUUAUUCUGAUGUUGAUGUCAUUUGUGAUGUUUCAAUAUUCAUUCAUUUGAUACCAAAUUUUGUCUUACAAACCCCACAAUAAUAUUUGAAAUAUUUUUUAAUCCCAACCUCUCACUUCUGAUACCUGGCACGAAUAGCCACUUUGCAGUAUUAUUCUAGAUUUUAGCUAUCCAAUAGUAGCUAAGGCUAAGGCUAAGUUACUAAUAAUAUAAUAAGUUAAUUUAUUAAGCCUAGCUCUUCUCUACUUCUACCUACCUCUACACUACUGCUACUAAAUUUAAAUAACUUGAAUUUUAAUUACUAAGUCCACAAAGCUUACUUAUACUACUUACUAAGGCUAAUAUUAAUAAGACUUCAAUCUUUAUCUACUAAUAACUAAUAUAAGUAUAAGCCUAUACACUAUACUAAUGUCUAAACUUACAUAUAUAUACUAUAAUAAUAAUUGAAGCCUAGAGCCAUUGUCUAUAAUCUAUAAUAAUAUAACUAUCCUAUAGUUAUAGACAGUAUAGGCUUAUAUUUAUUUAUUAUUAGAAGUCAGAAGUCUUGGCUAUUACUAUUAUAAUUAUAGUUUAGGUGAUGUCUACAAUUUUACAUACUACAUACACACAGAUGAAAGAUAAUCUCAUAUGUGGCAUUGUAUGCCAAACAUUUACUUAAACAUUUGAGCAGUGAGUCUGCCAGGAUCCAUGGCCUGUCUGCCAUUGCCGUAGUUGCUUUCUCGCAUGUUCGAGCAACUUAAUUUCUAGUGAGCACACAAAUUAAUUUUGUUAUACUGGACUCAGUCUCAAGGAAAAAAAUCCCUUGAACUGAAAUAUUUGAAUGGAUUUCUUGUUCUAAGAAAUUAUCAAAGUUUUUGUUUCUCCAGAGGGUAUUUCAACACAUAAACCAACACCCUUUCAACAGAGAAUUUUGGUAUGGGGACAUUUUUAUCCAUCUCUUGACAAAGUACCUGAGCGAGUGUCGUAAGUAAAUUUUUCCAACAUGGUUAUUUUUUAAAUUUUUAGAUAAAAUUUAUGGGAGCAUCCAAUGCCUGUCACAGCAGCACAAUGUUUAAACACAAGUAACAAUUAAUAAUUGGUUCACGUUUUGUGGGACUGUGUUUUUGUGUGGAGAUUAUUUGUUUAGCUAUUGCUAUGUGCUUUGUAUUAGGGUAUGAGAGAUGACAUUGUCGGUUGUUAUGGUUUUAGUAGUAAGUGGCAGAGAGAGAAAGCAGAUGAAAGAAGACACAUUGUUUUUAAAUAAAGAACCAAAUGUAUCAUUGAACAUGGAUUUGUUUAAUAAUUACUCUUAGACAUAACCAAGCAAUUGAACUGCUUAUCUAGUUAGCAGUUCAUAACAGUCACCACUCAAGGAAAAAGAGGAACUAAACUAGUUUCUUUCUUUCUUCUCAUAGCAAAACAUGGAGUUAGAUCAUCUACUACUUUGUGACACUUAAUCUUUUGUGUUUUUCAGGAGGGCUCAGAUGAAGAAAGCUAUGGACAAAUUUCGAGUUAAGGUUUCCAUCUACAUGGCUGCUAUGACUGCAAUCUGUGCUGCUGUAAUGGCCUUUAUUGGCCGUAGAGAAAGACAGCAAGGAAAAAGUGUAACAAAAAUGAACUUGGAUAAGCAUGCAAAAGAUUCAUCUGAAAGUGAUGUCUAAUUAUAUUUCUUUUUGUUAGAUCUCUGGUGUGAGCUAUGGAAAAAAGAAUGAAUUUACAUUUAGAUCAGUGUGCCUACAAAAUUGAUAUUAUUAAUUAUUCAUGUAUUUCUAUGGUAAUAAUAGUAAGAUUUCAGUAGAAUUCUGAAUACAUCAUAAUACAUAAAAAACCUAAUUGAAUUGAAAAUAUAUAUUUGAAACUGAUAAAAUUAAUAUAAAUAUCAUGUCACACCGCACUGUUGAUAUCGCUGUUUGGUUACUAACUUAAAUUUUCAGACCACGUUUCUCCACGACAUGAAUAUUAUUAUUUGGUGAACCAUUAUUCUAUAUUUUUUUGCACUUAAAGUUAAAUUAAGGGCUGUGUAUCAUAUGGGUAAAAUGACAUCAACUGCAGUUUUAUGAAGAACUAUAUAUAAAUUUUUAGGUAAAUAUGAGCUUGCGUUUAUUCUCCUAAUGCCUGUCUUAAACAUCUAUUUAUAUUUAAAUUAAAUUUUAGAUGAUGUGAUUCUGAGUAAAGUUAAAUGAUUGUGUAAUGUGACAAUUGAAGUUAUGAGAGUGAAAUGAGUGAACAUUUGUUAUUGUGGUAUUUAUUAGGGAAAUAUUAUUUAGCAUUGUUUUUAUGUUAAAUAAUAUUUAAUCUGUUUAUUUUGUAAAUUAAAAAUCUCUCAUAGUUUGAGAGACAAUUUAAAAAUUAUUGCUGCAUUAUGUUUUUAAAAAGAUAAUAAAUAAAAAUAUGCUUUGUUUCUAUUUUUC